CUGCUUCUCUCCUAUCAUCACCAGCACACAGUAUACACACGCUCUCUCCCUCUCACACUCCGUUGUCCCGCGGAAAGUAGAGGGAUAAAGAACACAAGCGGCUAGCCCCUGUGUCCUGUAGGCCGUAGGUGUAUACACACACAGAUACUCCAAAAGGGAGGAGGAGAGAGAGAAGGCUACCUAGCAAGCUAUGCUAACCUAGGGUAGGCUCUAGAGACUAGAGAGAGGCUGGCUAGCUAGGGUAGCUAGGGUAGCUAGGUGGUAGUAGGGUAGAGCCUUUUGUGUUUUCUUUACUUUACUCUUGGAUGCCCCUUCCUUCGCUGGGAAGAGAGAUUCUUCUUUAAAGUGGAGAGGAGGGGUUUCCGGCCGUAGGCUCACUCAACUCAGCUGCUAGCCGCUACUCCUCAGAGGAGCAUCUUCGUCUGCUCUUGCGCCUUUUCCGCUCGCUCACUGCCUGCCUGCCUGCCUUUGGAGCUAAGCUUAGCCUAGGUAGGCGUAGCGGCUAGCUAGCCAGCCAGGGAGGGGAAGCUACUGCCCCGACCAGCAAGCGUGGCGUCGUCGGGGAGGCGCUUCCCAUCGGUCUCCGCGGCCUACGCGGACUGGAUCGCGUCGGCCGGCGGCGACGACCUCUCGCUCGGCUUCAAUGCCGCUGGCGCGUCCGCCGCCGGCCUCUGGGCCCCCGCCUCGCGCCAGUCCGCCGCGCUCAACUACGGGAUAGCGGCGGCUGCCGGUGAUGUCGGCAUGGUCGUCCUCGCCCCCGCCUCCUCCUUCCACCACCAGAGGGCCGCUGCUGCUGCCGCGGCGGCCGACGGCGCCGACCAAAGGUUCGCGCUCCUCUCCGCGGGCCAGUGCGGGCUCGCCGACCCUGGCGCUCCCAAGUCCGGCAGCGCCAUCCAGUUCUGGCAGUCGCACUCGCAGCCCCCCACGACGCCGCCCGCAGCUGCCCCCGCCGACAAGAAGCAGGUCAUCUCCGCGGUGGACUACGGCGGCGUCUCCUCCGGAUCCGGCGGCUCCACCACGUGCAGCGACUGCGGCAACCAGGCGAAGAAGGACUGCCCCCACCAGCGAUGCCGGACGUGCUGCAAGAGCCGCGGCUUCGACUGCACGACGCACGUCAGGAGCACCUGGAUCCCGGCCGCCCGGCGCCGCGAGAAGCACCCGCUCGGCGGCGACCUUUCCCCUCCCGCCGCUCCUGCCACGGCGGCCACCAAGAAACCGCGGUUCCACUCCUCCCAGACCACCACCACCACCACCCCCUCUCGCACCUCCACCUCCAACGGCACCUCCUCGAGCCAACAAGACGCGCCGUUCAGGGACAGCCUGCCGCGGCACGUGCGCGCGCCGGCGGUGUUCCGGUGCGUGCGGGUGACCUCCGUCGACGACGGCGCGGACGAGUUCGCGUACCAGGCGGCGGUGAGCAUCAACGGCCACAUGUUCCGGGGGUUUCUCUACGACCAGGGCGCCGACAACGGCCGCGCCAGCAACGACGAGCCCAGCCACGCGCACGCGGCCGCCGUGCGUAGCAUCUCCGACCUCCACCUCGGCAACGCCUCCGCCGUGCCGCCGGACAUGUACAACACCGUCAGCGGGGCGCUCAUUCUCGGCGGGAUGGGCUAUGGUAACACCAUGAACUGAAAACUAUUAGUGCUAGUAGCUAGUAAGCCUGGUGCAAUAAUUGUAGACAUCCAUCUUGUUACUACAUGUCACCUCAUUUCUUUCAUCUCAUCACCAGUAGUGGUACUACCCUGUCUUCCAUUUUGCUGCUGCAUGCUGUGUGCCUGUGCCACAGCUAACUUCCAGUCUUUUGUUAGUAGAAGUUGGAAAGAAAAUGAAAAGAAAACCAGUCAGUAUUUCCAAGGUAAA